UCGGUGAGACACGAUCAGUUCUAUUCCAUCCAUUAGCGGUAGAACGUUCUGCCCGAUCGAUCGGAGGUUUUGUACCAUCCGGUACAACAACAACAAAAAAAAACCACAAUCACAACACACAAUAUUCGGUGGUUAUUCGCCACAGAAAGUGUAGACGUGCUCAAACAAUAAGUGCAUUACAUCAGCAACUCCGGCUUACUCGGUGCAAAUCGCGGUAUCCACCUGGGAUAACCCAACAGGUUUGCCAGUCGAGAAUCAGUAGCAAACAAACCACGGCGUGGAUCGUGUGUACGGAAUCAUCUUUAUUCUCAUGACGCGAUCGCACUCGCGCGGGCGUACGGCAGACUGAACCGGUGGAAAGUGAGACCAGAGCUAGUAACAAUACAAAAAAACAAUCAAACAGUGUGUUGAAAUUGCCGGUGGUGAGACAGCUGAGAAAAGCUCUAUCCAGACAGAUCGCAGAAUUAGUGCAUCGCCUAGUGCAUUGUUGGAAUAACGUGCCUCGAACAGCAUCAUCACUGCAUAACCAACCGGAAGCUGAUGUAGAGUGUCAUCACAAAUAAACAGUACAUACGUUAGUGGAUGAAGUUUUCACUUUCACGUUGUGGUUAGCUGCUGCCAGCUUUUGGAACCGCCCAACCGGGUGCAGGAAAAGCCUCUACCGAAUCUAGCAGAAAUGCACUUUACAAGCUUCCUGAUUCGGAUACGUCAUUUCCGCAUAACGCUACUCAUACUGCUAGUGAUCGACAGCUGUGUAGGGCACGUGACGGCCGAUGAAUGUGUCAGCACAAAGAGCGAUCGUCACCGUACGAUCAUGGAAAAAUACCGAGGCUCUGACAAGUGGAACACGAUUCUGACGGAAGAUUCGUUGAACCUGAAGGAAAAUCAAACCGAAUUGAAUCUCUCGAAGCAAGGCUUCAACGCCGUGCACUGGCAUUUGAGCAGCAUCGUGGGCGAAGGAUACGACGUGUACGAACUUGAUAUGUCGUACAACAAUCUCGAGGACAUCAAUGAACUAACGUUUCUUAAGUUCUACUCGUUAGAAAUGCUAAACCUGUCAUAUAAUCGAAUAACUACGAUUCGCAACUUGACCUUCGGAUCGUUGAUUCGGUUGAUGGAUUUGGAUUUGUCCUUUAAUCUCAUACAUUCAAUCGAGAAAGAAGCGUUCAAUCGUUUGUACGGCCUGGAGUCCCUGAACCUACGAGAAAACUGCUUGAUAACACUGAACCAACAUCAGUUCCAUUUCAACGAUCAUCUAUCUUCGGUGCAUUUGGAUCACAAUCAACUACUGUUCCUGCCUUCCGUCCUGUUUGACACACUGGCCAUGGUUGAAGAGCUGUUUGAAAUUGAUUUAUCCUUCAACCGUUUUCGGCGCAUGCCUUAUAUAGAAGCUAAAGAAAUUGGCUUGCUGAAAAUCGACAACAAUGAAAUCAACAUCCUAUCGGUGAACCGUAGUUACCACGUGAGAGCACUGGAAGCACAUCACAACGAAAUUCAUGAUGCAGAUCUCUUCCAGUUCAGUUCCGCGGAACACGUAGAUCUAUCGCAUAACCAUCUGGAUAACAUUGUCGGAUUGCACGAAAUGAAUCAACUGGAAUAUCUGGAUCUGUCCUCCAACAACGUUACGAAGUUUGAUUAUAACCUGAAAUAUUCGAUUCGAAACAUUCCUACGCUGGUAACGCUACGACUUCAGAACUGUAGUCUUACGGAAAGUAACAUGGAAGGUCUUCUGACCUCGGAUUCGCUGUUAAAUCUAGACCUCUCGCAGAACAACUUCGUUUAUCUGAAUAUCAGUCAUCUGUCCAAACUGAAAGCCUUGCAGUACAUGAGCUUGAACUUCAACUAUCUUCAAGAACUAGUCGAUUUCGAGCGCAUGGGAAAACUUUUCCCUUAUCUCGAAAUGAUUUCUCUUUCCUUCAACCGAUGGAACUGUUCCUACUUUGACAAAGUGAUGACCUACCUGAACCAAACCCACAUUCGUACGACGACAGAUCCCCGAGAUUGUUGGGUCAAUGGCAGUCAUGUGGCCGAUUCGGAUGUGCUGGACAAAUUUGAACCGGAAUACACCAUGAACCAGGUGAAACGGGACAUGAGCAUAGUCAAGAAUCUCAGCCGCAGUAUGACGUACUUCAUGUAUGCGUUGUUCUACAACAUGCACGAAAUGAACAACAACACCCAAUUCCUGAGGAUGCAAAACGAUCGCAAGUUGAUGCGAAUGGACGAGGAAAUCGCACACCUGAUCGGAAUGGUCGCCUUUCUGGUGGCAAUGUUUGCCAUCAUUCUGGUAAUCGCGGUAGGCUAUGGGCUGCGCCAUUUGUAUGUCAAGUGGAAAACCGAUCGAUCGGUUAAGGUAGUUACGUACAGUAACAAACGGAACAAUGAAUUCAGUAACGGCGUUACCAUCAACGAAGUUAUGCGUGAUAAUAUGUAAGGAAGUGGUUUUCCCGCCCACGAAGGGUGCCAUAACUGUACCAAAAUGUGAGAAUCUGAUCUUACGUAAAGUGAUAUUGAUAAUUGAAGUAAAUAUUUUUUUUCAAAUAAA